AUGGACACGGUGUCCUGCGUGGAAACACUGCGCUCCCGGCUGAAGAUGAAAGCUCGUGACUUGUUGGCGUCUGACAGUCCCUGGCAACGUUCUACUAAUGCCGAUCUGGUUGCAGAGUGUCUGCGGGUGCUGUCGGGCAGCGCGGGGUGGGAUGUGGUCCUUGGCUACCAGAACUUGCUGCAGGCACCGGUCACGGAUCCGUGUUGGUUCUCAGAGGCUGGCAUUCACAAGCAGGAUUGCGUCAGUCUUCUGCUCAUAGGUGCGGCGGACUCGUGGAGACGUCUUGUGCUGCCGUACACGUGUUUGCCAUGGCAACUUUUUGCGUUGGCGAACAAGCCGACAGCAGACGCUUUGGCCACUUUACGUUCACUGCAACUGCAGCAUGGCGCAUGUGACCGUUGCGUAGAUCCACUCUUCUCCCAGGUCUUCUUUCAAUGGGUCCUCAACGAGGGGGUGACGCUGGAGGUAAAGAUGGCGCGUCUUAAACACCUCCAGCAGGUUUUGUGGGAUACGCUUCUGGAACUGCCCACCAGCACGGUAGCCGUGGAAAGAUCGCAUGCAAACAUUCAGGUGGACGUGGGGAACCAUAAGGCAGUCCCAAAACGCCCUUCGAAUACCCAAGCAGACAGCUACAUCUGCCAUUGUUUCUUGGAACACAAUUUUUUGAAAUCUCACGUGGAAGAUGCAGUCCUGGGAACUGCCGGUGGCAGGGUCAAGAGGAUUAUGCGGGCUCGAAUGUUUGAGAGUGCGGCCCCUGGGUCUGGAGUAGCUAUCGCUCGCAACAAUUUCAAUGAAGACGGCACUGUGCGUCGAAGACCUGGCAUGUUGAAGGGAAUGCUGCAAGUGAAGGGCGGCCGCGUGACCAAGCAGCGUUCGAAGCCCAAGAAGGUCAGUGCGUACAACGCUUUUCAGAAGAGUCGCAAGCAUUUGUGGGCGCGUAGGAGAUUGUCAGCUGAUGAGAACUCCAGUCUGAACAAGAGGAUGGCCGAUGAAUGGAAGGCCUUGCCACAAGAACAGAAAGUUUUCUUCCAGCAACAAGCAGAUGAAACGCAGGCAGCACGCCUGGCGCUGGCCAAGACUGCACUGGAAACAAGUGCCAUGGAGGAGGCGGAUAUGAGUGAGCGCUUGAGCCUUCCUCAGAUCAAACGGCUGAACCACACCCGUCUGGAUUUGAGUCUGACGAAAAUUUCAGAACAUUCCUCCUGGAAUAUGGGGCUUGCACUUUCGGAUCACAUCAGUGCACUUCGUGCGUCCCUGCUGCUUGAUGUGCCGAAUGCUGCCGCCCUUGCGCGGCUGAAAGAUGAAUACGAGGCCUGUUUUUCUUACGAUCCGGCCAUACAGCAAAACGAGAAAAACAUGCCAGCUUUCUUGCGGGCCUGCUGCGCAGCCUGCGCUGGAACUUGCAAAGCUGACGCCGGGUUCGAGACCGUCAGCAAAAUGAUUCAGCAAUUCCAUUCAUUCCUUCAGCGUCACAAGUUGGGUGGGAGCCCCUUCAUUGCUUCGCUGAAGCCCCUGGUCGAGGAAUCUGUGGCAACCUCUUGGUGUGUAGUUGCUAUAGUGGCCUUGCGACCGCUCUGCCACACACUAUGCCACAUGUUUGAGGAGGGCGGCUUGCUGCGUCUUUCACUUCGGGAUGGACAACUGCAUAUGGGGACGAUGCACCAGUUGUUGCGAAGCAUUGUACAAUCGCACUUGGCACGUGCUGGUGAUGCAGGCACGCUAUCUGUUGAGGCCACUCGAAGCAAAGUGAUUGGAGAAUAUGUGAUUUGUGGUAGUACGUUGAGUUAG